CAAUUUGCAAAAAAAAAAAAAAAUUUAGUGGCAUAUUUGCUAAAACAAGCCACUAAUUAGGUAUUUCUUCUUGAACUACAGGUGCAAAGAUGUGCUGAGGACAUGUCCAUCUUGAUCACAACCUAUGAAGGGACCCACAACCACCCACUUGCCAUUUCCGCCACCGCCAUGGCUUCCACCACCUCAGCCGCAGCCUCCAUGUUAAGCUCCGGCAGCUCCUCCACCACCGGAUCACCAUCCACUGCCAUUACCGCCUCCACAACCUCUGCCCUCCGUGGACUAAACUUUUAUCUCUCUGAUAAUCCAAAAUCAAAUCAAUUUGUCUUCCCUUACUCUUCAAUCUCAUCUUCACCGUCGUACCCUACAAUCACACUUGACCUCACUUCAUCUUCAUCCUCAUCCCAUUUUAGUAAAAUAUCAUCAAGUUUUCUCUCAACUCCAAGAUAUUCUUCCACAAAUCUCAACUUCAAUUCAUGGAACAAUAAUACUGGAGUCCUUAACUAUGGGACUCAAUCUCAACUCUAUAACAAGAACAACCAAUUUGGGUCCCUAAGCUUUUCAAGACAACAAACUCAAGAAAUCUUCAAUCAAUCCUUCAUGCAGAAAAGUAACCCUAACCCUAGUUGCCCUAUUAACCCUAACCCUUCUCAACAACAGCCUCUACCAGCAGAUAGCAUUGCAGCUGCAACCAAGGCUAUCACAUCUGACCCAAAUUUCCAAUCUGCUUUAGCCGCCGCUCUAACAUCAAUCAUUGGAGGCAGUGGCAAUGGCAGUGGCAAUGAUAGUGGUGGUGCAAAAACCCUUGGAUCUCAGGGACAAAACCUAAAUUUGGGGGAGUCGUUUCCCGGGGUUUCUAACUUCCCAUCAAUUGUUCCAAGUGCAACAAACAAAUGCUAUUCAACACCUUCAUUGCUAUUUUCCACAUCUAAGAGCAAAUCUACCUCUCCUAGCAAUGGAGAUUAGAUACCAUUGCAUAUGAUUGAUUUUGCAGGGUUGAAUAUAGGAAAAAUAGGCAUUUUUGCUAAUAAUUUUUUUGGUUUUGUAUUAAAGAAAAUUGUGUAUCUGUGCAUCUUUUUUUUCUUUUUUUUUUUGGGUUGUAUUUUUGAAUUUUUCACUUGGUGUGAUGAUCAAGAAAGUUGUGGAUGUAAAUGGUGACUGCAAGCAUAUGGAAAACUGAAUAAUCAAAUUUCUUUGCGUUUUUUUUUUCC